AUGGCGAGUAAGGACUCAGGCGAAGGCAGCUGCCGGCAUCUGGACGAGGCCCUGCAGGGGACCUACCUCCCGGUUACAUACGGGAUCAUCUUCGUGGUGGGCUUCCUGGGAAACAUCACCGCCAUCGUCCUCUACGCGGGCAAGGUGCGUCCGUGGACGAGCAACAGCGUGAUGAUGCUGAACCUGGCGGCGGCUGACCUCCUGUACGUGAUGAGCCUGCCCUUCUUCGUCCUGCACUACAGCGCCCCGGACCUCCUGCCCAUGGACAGCCCGCUGUGCUACGCGCUACGCAUAGCCUUCCACUUCCACCUGUACGCCAGCAUCCUCCUCCUCACCUGCGUCAGCGCCUUCCGCUACGCGGCCGUGGUGCACCCCCUGAGGUCCGGCCGGCUGCAGGAGAGGAGGUGGGCCGUGGCCUCCUGCCUGGCGGCCUGGGGGCUGACAGGUCUGGAGAUGUACCCCAUGCUCAACACCAUCAGGUUGGACAUGAACAGCACCAGGAAGUGCGUGGACUUUGCCAGCAGCGAGUCCGAGAGGCUGGUCCUGUACAACUGGCUGCUGACGGCGCUGGGCUACCUGCUCCCCCUGGUGGUGGUGGUGCAGUGUUACGUGUGCGUGGCCCAGGCCCUGAGCGGCGGGCUGGGCCCCCGGACGCCCUCGCGGCUCCGAGCCCGCAGGAUGAGCCUGGCGGUGCUGGUCGUUUUUGCUUUGAGCUUCACGCCGUACCACGUCCUGCGCAUGCUGAGGGUCUACACGCGGGCCAGCCAGAGCUGUGUGCUGCGCGAGGGCGCUAACGUGGCCUACAUCCUGUUCCGGCCCGUGGCGGCCCUCAACGCCUGCCUGAACCUGCCGCUGUACACGCUGGCCGGGGGGAGGCUCCAGCAGGCCCUCUGCGGCCUCCUGCCCGCAGGAACACUCUGCUGCAGGCCGAGGCUCAAAUCCCCAAUGGCUAUUGCCGUGGUGACUGUCGACAAGGGCACCUACUAG